AUGGGUUCCAGUAUGUCUUGUCUGGAAGUGGGGAGCGAUAGCAGGUGUUUCGGUCUCCCGACACCCGUAAUGGCGGCGCUUGUAGCUGGAGCAGGGGGUUUGUUGUUCCUCUUAUAUAAGGUAUACCGUUGCCAAACACGAAAGGUCUGUCGUCGCACGCCGGUUUUACAGAGUGUUAAUAUUGCUGUAAACCAGCCAGAGUUAGCCGUGAAGAAGGCUGCUGAACACAUAAUGAAGGGGGAAAUCACCACGGUUGGGCAGUUGGUGUUCUUCUUCCGUGGCGGGGAGGAGAAAGCGAUUAGAAUUAAUCGUAAGCUCUUCGAGUGCCUGCAGGAGGCGUUCCCGGUGGGGACUGCCGACCAACCACCUGCGGAUGGUGCAAAUGGUGCAGAGGAGCAUGUGUGUCAUAUGAUGCAACAGUUAUGCCGUUGCGAGGAGCAGGCGGCUCGCUUAGAGGCGGAACGGGCCACGGCAUUCGACGACGGAAACCCACAGCAUAUUGCGCUACUGGAAAGGUUGUGGGUGGCGGCGGGGAAACCAAAGUCGGCAUUCGCCCGAAGGAGUAGCGAGUGGAACGAUCUCGGGUUUCAGGGCAUGGACCCCGUGACAGACCUCCGUGGUGGUGGUGUGCUCGCUCUCCGCCAAUUUCUGCACUUUGCUGAGGCAUAUAAUGACCAUCUAAAAGGAAUGAUGGAAUUCAAUAAGCGUGCGCUAGCCGAUAAAAAGAAUCAUUGGUACCUUCUCGCUGUUGUCUCCAUUCAGUUUACAGCCCAAUUACUCCUUCAACGGGACUACAAGGUGUUUCUUCCACAACUAGAGGUGCUUUAUGACACAAUUUCGCGUGGUCAUAAACCCGGAAUUCUUACCGGUAGUUUGCGUAGUGCUGCUGCGAUGUCGGAAGUGGGGACUCAAUCAAUCGGUGCACUCUCUCAAAAUUCCGUCGACUGCUCGGAGGGGGAGGAGACGAGCGAUUUCGAGGUUGGCUACUUCGCUCUCCAUCAUCAACUAUUGCUGAGUUUCAAGGAGUGUUGGCAUCGUGACCUUCCACACGUUAUGGAAUACAACAAAUACUUGUCUAAGUUCCUAGAGAGCUUUUUCUCCCCCGAGUAG